AAUGAUUGGUGAAUCUGUCAGUCAUUCAACGCCGAUUUUUAUCGCGCUCGAUUCUUUCAAAGUUUUAAAAAUGCAGUCAAUUAGUAGAAAAUAUUUGCUGGUAUUGUCAUCAGUUGUCGUGGUAUCUCUGAUAAAUAGCAUCAAUGGACUUGAACUCGCAGAAUUUCAGAAAACAUUGAAAAUUGUUCAUGACACAUGCCGAACGGUAACCAAAGUACCCGAAGAAAAAAUUCAACAAUUAAAAAAUGACAAUUUCAUUGAAGAUCAAGAUAUCAAAUGCUACGUACAUUGUGCAAUGGAAAUGCUUCAUAUAAUGGAAGGAGUGGUGGGCCAGUUUCAUGUGGCGGAAAAACAUACUGAUUACAUAAUUCCUAACGAACUCUUUGAAUCAACGAUUAAAGCGUUUGGACAUUGCGAAAACUUGACUAACGGAAUGACUGAUACCUGUGAAGCAGGCUAUGCAAUGCUCAAGUGCUUCAGAGAGGGUAACAAAGAUUUCUGGCUUCCAUAGCUAUCAUAUACAAAGAAUAUAGGACCAACGGCUUGCUAAUGAUAUGACCAUAUUUUUUUUAUUUAUUGUAUGAUGAAUUUCAAAUAAAUAACCCACCACAAUUUGCAACGUAA